GCAGAGGCGGGCGCCGCACCUCCCCGCGCCCCGCGCUCGCUCCCUCCAGAGACGAGCCGGCAGCCGCCUGGGCGCACCAGCGGGUCACCUUGUCCGGGAGGAGAAAUGGGCCCCGUGAGGCAAGCGUGACCCUCCAGUCCAGCCCACCAGCCUGCCGCCUGGUCAGGGAGGGACAGCACCAUGGCCGGAGUCGUGGAGCAGAAGAGCGGGCUGGUACACAGCAAGCUCAGCGAGGCCGGCAAGAGGAACGGCCUGAUCAAUACCAGGAGCUUCAUGGCUGAGAGCAGGGAUGGCCUGGUGUCCGUGUACCCAGCGCCCCAGUACCAGAGCUGCCGGGUGGUGGGCAGCAUGGCGCCAGCUGCCCUGGACAGCAGCAGGAAUGAGACGGUCCAGCAGCUGCUGGACCCCAACGCCCUCCAGCAGUCAGUGGAGUCCCACUAUCGACCCAACAUCAUCCUCUACUCGGAGGGUGUGCUGCGCUCCUGGGGGGAUGGCAUGGCUGCUGACUGCUGUGAAACCACCUUCAUUGAGGAGCGGUCACCCACCAAGGAGAGCCUGGAGUACCCCGAUGGCAAGUUCAUCGACCUUUCGGCUGAAGACAUCAAAAUCCACACACUUUCCUAUGACGUGGAGGAGGAGGAGGAGUUCCAGGAGUUGGAGAGUGACUACUCCAGCGACACGGAGAGCGAGGACAACUUCCUCACGAUGCCCCCGCGGGACCAUCUGGGCCUCAGCGUCUUCUCCAUGCUCUGCUGCUUCUGGCCUCUGGGUAUCGCGGCUUUCUACCUGUCCCACGAGACCAACAAAGCCGUGGCCAAGGGCGACUUCCACCAGGCCAGCACCAGCUCCCGCCGGGCCCUGUUCCUGGCCGUGCUCUCCAUCACCAUCGGGACCGGCAUCUACGUGGGCGUGGCCGUGGCCCUCAUCGCCUACCUCUCCAAGAACAACCACCUAUGAGCCUCCCAGGCGCAUGGAAGAGCCUGGGCCAGUCGUGUGCGGGCGCAGAGGAGUGGGGCUGGCAAGGGUGGACGCACAGGGGGACACGCCUGUGUGAUGCUGUCGUCGCCGACGAGGCCACAAAGCCCUGGGACUUUCUGCCUGUGGUUCCCUUUGUUUUCACCCUUCAUGCCGUUUUCACGGCGCUGUGUAGAGCGCAGGAUGGGUGGGCACUGCUAACCCUUCCACACGGAAACUCCAAAGAUCCCGACCCGCGAGGCUGUCUCCAGACAGAUUCCGGUGGACGAGUGACAGCGCCUGUGCCUGGAAUGCCAUAGCGUUAGCAAUACACCAACAGGAACAUGUUUUAUUUUGUACAUAUUCCGAUGCAGUAGGCACAGGGCUGGGGACACGUACUCCUGUCUGUGGCUCCACAUCCCCGCUCUGGCACCCCGAGUCCAGGCGCCUCCCCACAGGAAGGAAAGGUGCCAGGCAGCAAGAGAGCAAAGCACUGCUGGCGGGACCCCCAGCUGUCGAGGGUCUUCAGGCUGGUCCAGCCCUGAGAAUGCAAGGCCAGAAGAGCAGGCACCUGUCCCCAGGCCCAGAGAGUCACGCCCUCCAUGCUGUCCCCAGCCUAGGGACUUGGGGCCUCCUCUGGAACAUGUCCAAACUCAGCAGCCACCACGCAGCAAUAUGCAGUCCUGGGGCCUGGCUGACCUGGGGGCGGGGGGCAAGCCAGCACGUCCCAGUCGCCUCCCGGAGGGACCCAGGUUUGCUCCAGGAACUCCAGGCAAAGGAGCCAUGGGCGGCCCCUCGGCGUAAGGACCGGGGUGCUUCUGACAGCCCUCGCUGACACUCACCUUGGUGACGACAGUGACACUAGUGAUCUCACAGAGGACACGAACCUUCUCUGUCAACUAAAUGAAUAGCUAUUUUCUUGUCAUUUUUUUAAGCGCAACUAUGCUUCAUGCUGCUUCAGUUAUGGGAUGAAUGCUGAGAAAUACGUAAUCACAGACGUUUUAGUACCAUUUCAUUGCUGUUUCACGAAUGAUCAUUAUUUCACAAGAAUUAUCUUCUGCUUUUUU